UUCAGUGCGGAGCAGUAGCCAUGAACCCCAGAGCUCUGCUCUUCUCCCCGAAUUUCCACUCAAGUGCAUGUAAACCCAGAAACCCCGCCGAUAUCUGUACCCGAAACAAAGCAUCCCUUGGUCGGAACCAUUUCACGGUCGGCCUCCACCUCCAACAUCGGUUCCAUGUUUUCCGAGUUUCCGUUUGGAAUUCAGGGGAGAGAAGGAACGGGAAAGUCUACGCAGAUGUUAGAGAAAUAUCGAAGUCGAUACGGGAAUCGGUCAAGUUUGACGAUGAAUUAGAAGAUGUAGUGUUGAGUGGGGAGGAUAUUGAGGGUUCCGUUCCGUGGUGGGAGCAGUUCCCGAAACGUUGGGUUAUUGUAAUUUUGUGUUUUUCGGCGUUUUUGCUUUGCAAUAUGGAUAGAGUAAAUAUGAGCAUUGCAAUACUGCCCAUGUCGGCGGAGUUCAAUUGGAGUCCAACUACUGUUGGUUUGAUACAAUCAUCUUUCUUUUGGGGCUACCUUCUUACUCAGAUUGCUGGUGGCAUAUGGGCUGACACGGUGGGUGGGAAAUCGGUCCUGGGAUUUGGUGUAGUUUGGUGGUCCGUUGCUACAGCUCUUACUCCUAUUGCUGCGAAAAUUGGGCUUCCAUUCCUUCUUGUUGUUCGUGCUUUCAUGGGAGUUGGUGAGGGUGUUGCUAUGCCUGCCAUGAAUAACAUUCUGUCGAAAUGGGUUCCUGUGGCUGAAAGAAGCAGAUCAUUAGCUCUGGUGUACAGUGGGAUGUAUCUUGGCUCAGUUACUGGUCUGGCCUUUUCACCCUUCUUAAUACAUCAGUUUGGAUGGCCAUCAGUCUUUUACUCCUUCGGUUCACUGGGGACAGUCUGGUUUACUGUAUGGCUAAAUAAGGCAUACAGUUCACCUUUGGAUGAUCCUGAACUGAGGCCUCAGGAGAAGAAGCUCCUUGUUACAAAAUGUGUUUCCAAGGAACCUGUCAAAACUAUCCCUUGGAGAUUGAUCUUGUCAAAACCACCUGUCUGGGCCCUCAUUGUGUCUCACUUUUGUCACAAUUGGGGGACAUUUAUUCUUCUAACGUGGAUGCCAACAUACUAUCAUCAAGUUCUGAAGUUCAAUCUUACUGAGUCAGGGCUCUUUGCUGUUUUGCCCUGGCUGACAAUGGCUUUUUCUGCCAAUAUGGGAGGGUGGAUUGCAGAUACACUUGUGAGCAAAGGUUUUUCUGUGACUAGAGUCCGCAAGAUCAUGCAAACAAUUGGAUUUCUGGGCCCUGCUUUCUUCCUCACACAGCUGAGUCAUGUUGAUUCUCCAGCAAUGGCUGUUAUUUGUAUGGCAUGCAGUCAGGGAACUGAUGCAUUCUCACAAUCUGGCCUAUAUUCAAACCAUCAAGAUAUUGCCCCAAGAUAUUCUGGAGUAUUGCUUGGGUUAUCCAACACGGCAGGGGUGCUAGCAGGGGUUUUUGGAACUGCAGCAACUGGUUACAUCUUGCAACAUGGUUCUUGGGAUGAUGUUUUCGAAGUUUCAGUUGGACUAUACCUGGUUGGAACUGUUGUCUGGAACCUCUUCUCAACUGGUGAGAAAAUAUUGGAUUGACCCUCAGAUGAGUUGAAAUUUAGGAUGCAGCCUGUGUUUGAACUUAUUAUAGAGGAGUGAAAUUGAUUGAAUGCCAAGGUGGAAAAAUGAAACCAGAAACAAUUCAGAAGAGAAGUGAGAAAUAUCCAUUUUUGCUGAGUGAAGCAACAGAACUUUUGAAUUCUGAAAUUGCCAUUUCCUCUACCACUUAUAUCUGACAAUUCCAAGACAUGUCAUUGGAGGAAGAGAUUGUUUGUAUAGUAAGUUCACACACAUCCUGUAAAUUCUUCAUUCAAUUCUAACAAGUAAAACUUGUGAUUAUAU